CCAUCGCCGCGAGCAACAGCCGUCGACGCGCCCGUACAUACAGCUGCAGCGCAACGACACGCCGGCACCUGCCAUGGCGAGAGCAAGGGGCCUGGGCUGCCUCGCGUCGCCGCUCCGCGGCAAGGCCUCCGACGCCGCCGACUCCUCCCGCCGCCGCCACAGCAGCGCCGCGUGCAUAUGCUGCAUCGGCCCCCACCACAAGCCGUCCGCCGCGGCUCCCGACGCCGACCUGAGCGCGGGGCUGCCGCUCACCAGCUGCUGCGGCAGCGGCGGGGACGCCGUCCGCGGCCUCGGCACGCCGCGCACCCCGAGGACGCCGUGCACGCCCACCGCCAGGCGCCUCUGCGGCGCCUGCUUUCCUUCGGCGGGAGGGCCGACUCCCGCCGCCGCGAGGACGCCGCGGACGCCGACCACGCCCACACCUCUCGGGCGGCGGCAGCAGCAGCAGGGCGCGUGCUGCGCCCGCGUCCCCGCGCAGGGCAGCGCGAAGCUGGGCAGGCGGCGCAGCUGGUUCCGCUCCGCUCGCCAGGCGGUGGCGCAGACGACGCCGCGCUUCCGGGGCGCCGGCCGCGACAGCGCCCGCGCCCGCGCCGCUGGCAGCAACGCCGUCAAGGUCUACGACGCGCGCCUCUCUGAGGCCGAGGCCGUGGCCGCGGCGGCGGCGGCGGAGGAGGAGGAGACGUGCUCCAACGACGAGUACGCGGUGCUCUGCCGGGAGGGCUUCUCCCGGGAGGACGUGGCCGCGGUCACCAUCCAGGCCUACUUCAGAGGCCACCUGGCGCGGCGAGCGUUGAAGGCGCUCAAGAGCCUGGUGAGGCUGCAGGCGGUGGCGCGGGGCGCGUACGUGCGGCGGCAGGCGGAGGCGGCGGUCCACUGCAUGCAGGCGAUGGUGCGGCUGCAGAUGCGCGUGCGCGCCAGGCAGGUGCUGCCCAAGCCCAAGGACAAGGAGGGGCAGCUCUUGCAGAGCUGACGGAGCUCGAUCGAUCAUGGUCGACAAAAAGACCGUUGGCACGAAUAAGGUAUAAAAUGCUUGUUUGCGUGAGACAUUUACCGUGGAGGAUCCGGUCUUGUGAUGAACUUUGCUUGGGCCUGUAUCAUUUUCACUUUCCUGUUUGUUUGAGUGGCAGUGCCAGUAUGCGACUGUUGCAUCUUGUGUCAGUGUUUUCUUAUUGCUGUGAUUGUUCACUCUUAAUUUAAGAUGCUCUUUCGACCAAAAUUCUUAAGUUUUAGAUCACGCUUAGAUUUGAAUAGCAAAAAU